UCCGGGGCCGGUCCUCGGGCGGGCCUGGGGGGGCAUGGCGGGGCCCGGCCUGUGGCUGCGGCGGGUUUGGACGCUGCUGCAGGUGUCGGUGCACGUGCUGCUGGGCAAGGCGCUGCGCCGCCUCUUCCCCGACGCCACUCGUCGCCGCAUCGUGGGCCGGGGCCGGGCCAGCGGCAUCGCCGGCCACCCCCAAUUCGCCUACGACAACUGGGGCCCCACCUUCUUCAGCCGCCACUAUUUCCGCUUCGUCCUCAAGGUCAAGUGGCAGCGGCUGGAGGACCGGGCGCUCCCGGGGGAGGCGGCCCCCGACGGCCCCGUGGUCGACCUCCGGGGCCGAGCCCGCCGCAUCCGGGACUUCGCCCGAGGGAGCAGGCCGCUGGUCCUGACCUUCGGGAGUUGCACCUGACCUUCCUUUCUCUUCAAAUUCGACCAGUUCAACCAACUCGUCCAGGAUUUCAACUCCAUAGCUGAUUUUCUCAUCAUCUACAUCGAAGAAGCUCAUCCCACAGAUGGCUGGGCUUUCGCCAACAACGUGGACAUCCCAAGCCACCGGAGCCUGCAAGAGCGGCAGCGGGCUGCCCGGCUGCUGCUGGCCAGGGGCCCCCGCUGCCCGGUGGUGGUGGACACCAUGGAUAACGCCAGCAGCCGGCAAUAUGCCGCCCUGCCCGAGAGGCUUUACCUGCUGCGGGAAGGGAAGGUCGUUUACAAGGGUGGGCCGGGCCCGUGGAACUACAACCCGAGUGAAGUCCGGGAGGUCCUGGAGAAGCUCAGCUAAGGGUCAGGCCACAGCCCUCACUGCCUGGGGCCCACGCGCCCCCCACCCGCUGUGCCCCAUUCCCAUCCCGCUGGGGGCCCGGCCUAGCCCGUCAGAAACGCAGCCUGGGCAACGGGGAGGGGGAUCCCCGCCCCUUAGGCCAGCACCCCGCACGACCGAGCCCACUGGAGGAAUGGCCUGGGACAGGUGUUAGCUGCCAGCUGGAGGAGCAUGGGGAGGGGACAGGGAGCCUGUAUCCCACUGGGGCGUCACACCUCCCCAUUUCCCCACCCAAGGAAAUGAGGGCCCCACAGAGUAGGUAUCUGAUUAACUGCUUCCCCACCGGACCCCAUCCCCGAGGAGCCUGGCGGUUGGGUCAGGAGUCCGGUCCCCUCGGCCGCCCGGCCCUCCCCAGCCCUCCAGCCACAGAUUUUUCAACAUCCCCUUCCGAGAUGCGAUGCGUCCCCUGUUGGCCCUGAGAACCCUGGACACCAGCCCUCCCCUUGUUCCCAGCCACCCCUCCCACCCGGGCAGGGCCCAGCCCAUCCGGAUCCCGGCCAAACGGCCACCCUGCUCCCGCACCUCAGCCGAGGCGAGAGGCCCGUCCCAGAUCCGGUUCCGUGAAUAUUGGUUUAUGAGGGUCACAGUGUAAAGCGCAUGCAGCUGUGACUUGAUCUGAGAAAAUAUUUGGCGGCAGGGAUCUGAGGCACGGGAUUAAAACUCAUCAAAGGCCCGGUGGCCUUCCCCACA